AAUCAAAUACGCAGGCCGCAUUCCCAAGGAAGCCGCAGAACACACUGCAGCUUUGAGAGUCAGCAGGUGAAAGUUGCUAUUGUUAGCACGACAUGGAGGUGUUGUGAGGUUGCCUGGCAGGCGGGCUGCCAAGCGAUGAUAUAUCUCGUGCUCGUGUCGGCGCUGGCGGGGGCGCUUGUGACUGUAUUUCUGGAAUUGAUACUCUUGUACCGGCGGAACCCCGAACCCGUCGGUAGGACCGUGCAAUAUGUGAAAGCGGUGCCCGAGCCGGCGCUCAAGGAUUACCUCAGCGGAAAGCACUGUGACUCCGGGCAGUCGCCAGCUCUGCAAGAUGGCACGGCGUCGCCAGCCAGGCAGCAACCGCAGGAUCCCGGCAGUGAGCUGCCACUGGGCUCAUUCAAGGCGGAGACAUGCAAUUUCCUCAACGCAAUUUUUCUGUUUCUUUUCCGAGAGCUGCGGGAUACCCCACUGGUGCGACACUGGGUGACCAAGAAGAUCAAAGUGGAGUUCGAGGAGCUGCUUCAGACUAAGACGGCGGGACGACUUCUUGAAGGACUUAGCCUACGAGAUAUCUCUCUGGGCAACUCGCUGCCCGUGUUCAAGAGUGUCAAGCUCCUGGGGCCGACGACUUGCGACGAGGACGGGAUGCCCGACGAACUCAACUUUGAGGUGGACUUGGAAUACAAAGGGGGCUUCCACCUGGCCAUCGACGUGGAUCUAGUGUUUGGCAAAUCCGCCUACCUAUUUGUCAAGAUGACUCGGGUGGCUGGACGCUUGAGGUUGCAGUUCACGCGGCAGCCCUUCACCCACUGGUCGUUCAGCUUUCUUGAGGACCCGCUGAUCGAUUUCGAGGUAAAGUCUCAGUUUGAAGGGAGGCCAUUACCCCAGCUUACAUCCAUCAUCGUUAACCAACUCAAGAGAGUGAUCAAGAGGAAGCAUACUUUGCCAAAUUAUAAAAUCAGAUAUAAGCCAUUCUUCCCAUUUCAAGUUCAACCAGCCACAGAGGACACAGUGGAGCUUGACUUGACUGUCCAAGACACAGGGCUCACGGAGGGGCGUCUGAAAGUCACUUUGGUGGAGUGCAGCAGGUUAUUUAUCCUGGGUUCGUAUGAUCGGGAAAGUUACAUUCAUUGCACAGUGGAGCUGAGCAGCAGUGUGUGGAAGGAAAAGAUAAGAAGUUCCAUCAAAACAGCCGAGCUGAUCAAAGGAAAUUCCCAAAGUGUUGGACUGACCUUCCGGCAGGUUCCAGCCAGCGAGGGUGACGUGGUGCACGUCAUCAUUGAAACUGUCGUCCCCAACUCCCCCGCCUCCCAAGCAGACUUGCAGAAAGGGGAUCGGCUGAUUGCUAUUGGAGGGGUGAAAGUGACCUCUUCAGUACAAGUUCUGAAGCUGAUCAAGCAGGCUGGAGAAAAGGUGAUGGUGUUUUACGAAAGGCCCAUACGUCACCAAAUGCCCCAGGUUGAGGGCUUUGGCCAGCUUGAAGAUCAAGGCUUCCUGUCUCAACCUGCCUAUGAGGAGGACACCAUGAGCAUCAACACUUUGGAUGGCAGUGAUAACAAAGACAUGGACUCCGAGUUUGAGGAGUUAAUUUGUGAAACCAGGCCAUCAAACAGUGACGUAAAAGAUGAGUCGUUGCUCUCUCUAAACCAAAGCCCCAAAAGAACGGUUGCCAACCUCGCUUCCAAGCCCCUUGGAACGAUAUCACCCAUCCUUAACCGCAAAUUGAACCUGGGGGGCCUUCAGGCACAGCUGAAGCCUCCACCCAAAGAUGGGACAAAACCAGUAACCUCAAAGAGCUCUGAAGGCCCUGAAGCAAUGCCACAGUCAGCAAGCAAACUGGCACAGACCCCACCAACUCGACCCCCAGUGCCCCCAAGACCUCACAUUAAAUUGACUCUGGCUUCUUCAGAAACACAGUGCCUGCUGGAUUCAAGUGAUGCCCCUGCUGAAAAACCAGAACGACCACCCCCACCCCUGAUCAACGGAGAGAAGAUGGUCAGCGAGAAAGUCGUUGUGAAACCUGUAGAGCAGAAUGAUGAGCCACUCGCGCCAAUUCCAAAUAAAGCAGACUCUUCCAAAGAAAAGGUUUCCGACAGCUCCAACAGUCCUAGAGACUCGGGAGAGGACCAGCAAAUGUGGGAGUCUGCCGAGACACCAUAUCGCAACCGCUUGGCUCGGUGGAGCAAAGCUUCAUAUUUGUUUGAGACAGAGAGCCACCACAAGUACCUUAAUGUCGCUGUUUGGUGUAAGGACCCUUUUAAAGUUGGCGGCCUCCUCUGCCUUGGACACACAAGUCUGAAACUUGAACACAUUGCCUUGGAAUGCCUGUCAACAUCCUCGAUGGAGUAUCAGAGCAGCUUCAGGCUAAACGCGGCCGAACCCAAAGCUAACGUCAGUCGGACGGCUUUGAGAAAUUUAAGCGUGCACAAGGGGUUUAAUGAGAAGCUGUGCUUUGGUGACAUUACACUGCAUUUCACCUACUUGAAAGAGGGCGAAUCUGAGCAUUCGAGCGGCUUGACUGAAAGAGAGAGGGAGAGCAGCGCACAGGACGAAGCUCUGCUGUUUCCCAAAGAGGACACCAACCUCCCAUCAGUCUCUGUUAGUGAAGUGAAGCAUAAUUUCCAAGACACGCAGUUCCAGAACCCAACCUGGUGUGACUACUGCAAGAAGAAAGUCUGGACCAAAGCGGCAUCGCAGUGUAUGAUCUGCUCCUACGUGUGCCAUAAGAAGUGCCAGGAAAAAUGCCUGACGGAGCACCCUUACUGUUCGGCGGCUGAAAGAAAAGUGGACCCGGAGACAAAAUCAACGAUAAACAAAGCCACUGGCUUGACCAGACAGUUCCUCAACACUAGCUCUCGCUUGUUAAGCUUAAGACCGGUACCUAAAGCUCGCCUGGCAGAACAGGGAAGUGACAUUGCAGAACCAUCCCCAAAACACACACCCAACACCUCUGACAAUGAAAGCAGCGACACGGAGACAUAUGUGGCGGGCAGCCCUUGUAAACGCCCUGCAGCAGCAGGUACCAAGCUGGCAAGAAAGGAGGGGGGCCUGGAUGAUAGUGUUUUCAUUGCGGUCAAAGAAAUUGGCCGGGAUCUCUAUCGAGGUCUACCAACGGACGAGAGAUCCCAGAAACUGGAGCUGAUGCUCGAUAAGUUGCAGCAUGAAAUUGACCAAGAACUGGAGCACAAUAAUUCCCUGGUAAGGGAGGAGAAGGAGACUAGCGACGCAAGGAAGAAGUCCCUGAUUUCCGCAGCGCUUUCCAAAUCUGGUGAAAGACUGCAGGCCCUAACUCUGCUUAUGAUCCAUUACCGAGCGGGUAUCGAAGAUCUGGAGUCGUUUGAGGGCACGUCACCUUCAGAACAGCAAGACCAAAAACCUAAGGAAAUGGAAGAACCCAUCUUGAUUCAGGAAUCAUUUGAGUCUGAGAUCUGCAGUCCAAUUGAAGCCCAGCUGCUCGAUGAAAUAACGGAAGAGACGAUCAACGAGGAGGUUCUACCUUGAAGUUCUGUCAGAUCUUGACUUUCCAUUGGUUCUCCGGCCAGACAAACAAGACGCACAACUUGUCAAGCACCCAAGGAGUGGAAAAAUAUGUCCUCUUUGGUUAUUGACAACAAGGAACAUGCUUCCUAUUCAUUGUUUUGUGGCCAGCAGCAAUGCUCGAAAAAUAACCAAAACGGUUUUUGCGCAGUAAUAGUCGUAGCAACAAUAAAAUGAUGCGAAUAAUAAUCAUUCACAUACAUAAUUGUCGCCGCUGCAAGUCAGAGUCUGUGAGCCGUUUUAUUUAUUGGAACUUCAGCACCUUGGAGUCACAGUCCUUCAGAUGAACCUGUGCGACCGAACGAACUCAUUGACCGCCUCAAUUUCUCAAAGCAAUGCAUGUGAAGAUUGAUGGGUAAAAAUGGCAGCCAUUUUGGGACCACUUUUGCUACAUUUGAUUUCUGUUGUUUUUACGUUUUUUUCUUUUUUUGCCAAAACUAUGGAAAAAAUUGGCUUCUACUUCGUGUUGUUUUAAUUAGCAAAUUUACAUAUGUAUAUUUUGUUGUUUCUCGCUUUAGUAUAAAUUUUGUUUAUUUAAACGAGUUCUUAAUUUUAUUUUGUUUGGUAAAUAACUGCUUAGGGUGAAGCACAUAAAUGUUAGACAAUUAUUUCUAAUCUGGAGAGUUAUGGCAUUGUACAGAGAAUGUUGGGUCUAUGAGUUCAAAAAUAUAAGGGAAUCUCAUUUACGGUGUUGAGUGGGUUGGUAGAAACCUGAGGGGCAUGGGAGGGAAAUCUAACUGUUGGACAGACCUGUCAAGACCUGAGUGGGGAAGCAAGGGGUUCCAAGGGAGCUUUAACCUCCUGAGGUUCACCAGUGUACUUCCUGCAUGCCCGGUGAAGUGCCUAGGUGGGAGAUGUGGUCAUCUUUGAGGGGAGCUGUUGUAUAGCAAAACAUUGUGCAAUAUUUUUGUAUGAAAUGUAUGAACAGUGCUCUGAAGAAAGGCCACGUUCAUCCGGGCAGAUGGCGCGACUCACCAGCCGAUUAAGGCUUGGGCCACCCCGAUGGGAGUAGGUUGGAAACAGAAAAGAAUGUGUGUGCACGGCGUAUGAAGCUGCUGACGUAUUGUCUGGCAUUGUCAUUAUAUAGUUGAGCCCCCCCAAAAAAAUAUUGUUUAAUAAAAUUAAUAAUGUAAUCAUGCAUUAUUAUAAAUAAGAAAAAUAAAAACUUAUUACUUGA